GUGCAUCCUUCAAACCCUAACAAGGUCGCUCUGCUUCUGCCAUUUUUAGGUUAUCUAAAGUUUCGAUUUCUUUGCUCAAACGGAUUGAAAUAGAUAGGCAAUCGCCUUCGUGACGUUGUGUAAUCGAAGAAGCCGACUGUAGAUAUGGUUGAGAAAACGAAGGGGAGGAAGGAGGAGGUGGUCAGCAGAGAGUACACCAUCAAUCUACACAAGCGUCUGCAUGGCUGCACCUUCAAGAAGAAGGCUCCCAAGGCCAUCAAGGAGAUAAGGAAGUUUGCAGAGAAGGCAAUGGGAACAAAGGACGUCAGGGUGGACGUGAAAUUGAACAAGCAUAUCUGGAGCAGAGGAAUUCGAAGUGUUCCAAGGAGAAUUAGAGUUCGUAUUGCACGCAAGAGGAACGACGACGAAGAUGCAAAGGAAGAACUGUAUUCGCUAGUCACCGUUGCAGAAAUCCCAGCAGAAGGUUUGAAAGGAUUAGGGACUAAGGUCAUCGAUGAAGAAGACUGAUCUGAUUCUCAUACCGUUUGCCUUGUUACCUGGUACUUCCAACUUUUGGUGAAAUUUUCGGUACAAGACUUGUUUCGAGUCAGAGUUAUCCUUCAUUGUCCUCCUUUUGGUGCACUUGUUUAUUUCACUUUGAAUUCACUAUUGGAAGCAGUUGAUUGAUUUAGUUAUAUUUAGUUUUUGGAUUGUGUUUUUAACUUGAGAGGUUCUUCUCUUACACUUAAUUUUGGCAUCAAUUUCACCUUUCAUGUCUGAA